AUGGGAAAGCACAGAAAGCGAUCAAGAUCGAGAGAUAAGAAACGAAGAGAUAGAAGCUAAAGUAGUAGUUCGCGUAGUAAAUCCUAUGACUCUUGGGAUGACAAACCCUCAAAAUAAAGGAAUCAUCCCCGCAAAUAAGAUCGGAAGAGAAGUGAUUCAUACUCACCUAGAUCAAAAGAAAAUUCAAGGGAAAGGAAGUAGACCAAAGAUAAAUAAUACCCAGAUAAGAAUCUCACAAGAGAGUAGAUCAUUAAGAUGGAAUAGGAUAGAAGAAGAAGAGAUUAGGACAAGGGUAGAGAUAAUGGAGGGAGAAGAAGAGAUGACGAUUUCCCCAAAAUACCUUAUAGACCGAAGAGAAGAGGCGACUCUAAAUCGAAUUCCAGGUCAAUAAGCAAUGACAGACAUCAAUAUAUUAAAAGAAGAGAAAAAAGGAAUGAUUCUCCACCUAAAUAUAAAGAUGAUAGAAGAGAGGAUAAGAGAAGAGACCGAGACGACAGGAAAGAGUACAGGAGGGAAGAUGACAAAAGUAGUAAGCAUGGAUAAGUAAAUAAAAAUGAGAAGGCAGCUUCAAAUACUUCGCAAGUUAAAUAGUCUGCGUAAGUAAGUGAAGGAAAGCCAAACGAAAAAGUAAAUAUGAAAUCUAUAUUAGAGGAUGUUAAUGAGGAUGAAUUCACUAAAAUGUUCGGAUUCAGUGACUUCUCUACAACCAAGGGCCAAGCUCAUGAAGAGGAUGCUGAGGAAGCUGUAUUCAAGUAGUUUGUCAGGAAAAGAGAAUAUAGAUAAUUUAUGAAUAAAAGACCAGGGCUUAAUAAGCAACCUUAGAUGCAACAACCUCCUUUUAUUUGA